AUGUUUCUUUCUUUCUUUCUUUCUUUCUUUCUUUCUUUCUUUCUUUCUUUCUUGUUUCCUUUCUUUCUUUUUUCUCUUCUUUCCUUUCUUCUUUCUCUUCUUUCCUCCCGACUUUUCUUUUUCUUUCCUUGCUUUCUUUCCUUCUUUCUUUUCUACUUUUAUUUCGACUUUAUUCUUCUUUCUUUUCUUCUUUUUCCCUGCUUUCUUUCUUUUCUUUUUCCUUUCUCUCUUUCUUUUUUUCUUCUUUCCUUUCUCCUUUCUCUUCUUUCUUUGCUACUUUUCUUUUUCUUUCAUUUCUUUUUCUUUCUUUCUUUAUUUUCUGCUUUCUUCUUCUUUCUUUUCUUCCUUCUUCUUUCGCUUCUUUUUCUUUUUUUCUCUACUUCUUUUCUUAUUUCUUUCAUUCUUUGCUUUCUUCUUGCCUUUCCUUCUUUCUUCGUUCUUCCUCCUUUCUUUCUUUUCUUCUUUCCUUUCGGCUUUCUUCUUCCUCCUUCUUUCUCUUCUUAUUUUUUAUUUCCCUCUUUCUUAUUUAUUUUAUAUUUUGCUUUCUUCUUUCUUUCAUUUCUUCUUUCUUUACCUCUUUCCUUUCUACUUUCUUUUCCUUUCAUUAAUUCUUUUCUUCUUAUUUUUCUACUUUACCUUCUACAUCUUUUUUUCUUCUUCCUUUCUUUCUUUCUUUCUUUAUUUUCUCUUCUUUCUUCUUCUCUUUCAUUUAUUCUUUCCUUUUUCCUCUUUUCCUUCAUUUUUUCUUUAUUCUCUUUCAUUUCUUCUUUCUUUCCUUCUUUUCUUCUUUCUUUCUUUCUUUCUUUUUUUGCUUUCUUUCCUUCUUUCUUUUCUACUAUAAUUUCUACUUUCUUCUUUCUUUUCUUCUUCUUCCAUCUUUCCUUCUUUCUUUUCUUCUUUCUUUUCUUCUUUCUUUUCUUCUUUCUUUUCUUCUUUCCUUUAUAUUUAUUUCCUUCGUUCUUUUCUACUUUCUUUAUUUCGUUCCUUUUUUCUUUCUUUCUUUCAAUCUUUUUUUCUUUCUUUCUUUCUUUUUUUUUCGGUUGCAUAUGUGCAGUUAGUGAAACGGUUGUCGGUAUUGAAUGUGGAACCAGGUACGUAAAUAUGUCGUAA